UGGACCAACACUUACCGCUCGCGCUACCAGGCUAUCUCGGCGGAUAGUCUAGACUUUUCUUGGCGAUGGGCUCAGCUUACGACUGACCUCCGAUACGAGAUCAGUCCGUCGUAGGUAGUGCUGAAUAUUCUGCUUAAGCAAUUGUCGAAAAGUCUACGAUCGAUGUAUUAUAUUAGGAUGUGUUUGCCGAUCCUAAUGCGAGACCCAACAUGAGCCUUGGGAACAACCCCUAGGUAGACAUGUCAGCUCAGCUUACAGAAUUCGAUCGUCGUGGUGACGUCAAACUUCGAAUCGGACAGGAUCACGAUUCGGCGGCCGUCGUCUUCACCGUCUGUUCCAGGUCUCUCGCGCGCGCGUCGCCAGUCUUUGACCGUAUGUUGUACGGGGAUUUCUCAGAAGGGCGAUCUAAUCAAGCCAAGGAUGCCGAUGAUUGGAUCGUGAACCUCCCCGAAGACAAGCCUGCCGCGAUGGCAGUGCUUCUUUCCAUUUCGCACGCGCACUUCGAACAGAUACCAAAGACGCUUUCCGUCGACGAGCUGUACGAUUUGACCAUGUUGUCGCACUUUUACGAUGCUACACGCACCCUAGGUCCCUGGUCAAAUAAGUGGAUGGCGAUGGUAGAGAAGUUGGAGAGGGAAUCGCACGAGCUGAUGCCUAAGAUAUUAUGGAUAUCGUGGGAGUUAGGCUGGAAAAAUACUUUCUCGGCUUUGUCUAGGAGGAUGGUGCUGGAGUGUGAGGCGGCGAUAUUUUCUACCGAUGCGGAUCAAAUUCAAUAUCCGCCUGAUAUCAUCGAACGUAUCUCGACGAUUCGUGUCCAGACGCUUCGAGCUUUGCUGGGUAUAUUUGGGGAGAUGAUUGAAAACCUCGCUGUGGUUGACGAGAAACCAAGGUGGUGCCGUCACGCUGUUUGGAUGGGCCCUCGCAGGUGCGAGUCGAUGAUUCUCGGUUCCAUAACCUUAUGCUUGAUAAGGGCGGGACUUUGGCCGCUCCCCGACGCGGAUGAAGUAGAAGAGAGUGUGGUGGCCAUUCACUCUAAGAUGACCAACGUCAUCAUCCACGAUAUUGGUGCGGCCGAUAAUUCUCGAGUCGAUCAUCACGAGUGCAAUCCAGGACCGUUCCUACUCGACCGUGUUCAGACGGUAAUGUGCGAGAUAUCAAAUCCUGUAACUACACUCCACUCAGAAUAUAUGGAGAAACAGAUGCGAAAGUUGAAUUGACAAUUUAUCGAGGCUGAGAUUACGAUGCGCUGUUAUUAGCAACGCGACCCGAGUUCGUUCGUGGUUGAUAUGUCGAUAAAUCGUUGAUCAAUCUCGCAAAGUCAACCAGAACGACGAUAGGUUUUUUUUUUUUGAGGCGUCUAAAUAGUAAGUAAGUCUGGGCUGUCAGAUGGAGAGAGACAGGAUAGUUUAUACACUACGUUAUAUAACCAGAGGUUCUAUCGUUACUUAAAUAUACUUAACAUGUGAGCAGUUAUAGCUUACUACGGCCAACCUCGAGACCAUUUCAGAUAUAGUUGCUUGAAGCAUCGCCGUCUUCUACAAGUUAG